AUGGUCAAGCCUUACGAACCUGAAUUCGAACAAGCUUACGACGAAUUAGUCUCAGCUUUGGAAGACUCCACUCUUUUCGAAGAACUUCCAAAAUAUAAAAAGGUUAUCCCAGUUGUUUCCGUCCCAGAAAGAUUGAUUCAAUUCAGAGUAACUUGGGAAAACGAUAAGGGUGAAAUCGAAACCAACAACGGUUUCAGAGUUCAAUUCAACUCUGCUUUGGGUCCAUACAAGGGUGGUUUAAGAUUCCAUCCAUCAGUUAACUUAUCCAUCUUAAAGUUUUUGGGUUUUGAACAAAUCUUUAAGAAUGCUUUGACCGGUUUGAGCAUGGGUGGUGGUAAAGGUGGUUCCGAUUUCGACCCUAAGGGUAGAUCUGAUGCUGAAAUCAGAAGAUUCUGUACUUCUUUCAUGAGACAAUUGGCUAGAUACAUUGGUCAAGAUACCGAUGUUCCAGCUGGUGAUAUUGGUGUUGGUGGAAGAGAAAUCGGUUUCCUCUUUGGUGCCUACAAGGCAAUGCAAAACAACUGGUCUGGUGUCUUGACUGGUAAGGGUUUGACUUGGGGUGGUUCAUUAAUCCGUCCAGAAGCUACUGGUUACGGUUUGAUCUACUAUGUUGAAAAGAUGAUUGAAAAGGCCUCCAACGGUAAGGAAACCUUUGCUGGUAAGACUGUUGCUGUUUCUGGUUCUGGUAACGUCGCUCAAUACGCUGCUUUGAAGUUGAUUGAGUUGGGUGCCACUGUUGUUUCCUUAUCUGACUCCAAGGGUACAAUCACUACCACUUCUGGUAUUACUGCUGAGCAAAUUAAAGAAAUUGGUGAUGCCAAGUUGAAGUUCAAGUCAUUGGAAGAAAUCAUCAAAUCUCCAACUUUUGCUGGUGUUGAAUACUCUGCUGGUGAAAGACCAUGGACCAAGUUUGAAAAAUUGGACGUUGCCUUACCAUGUGCUACUCAAAAUGAAGUUUCUGGUGAUGAAGCCAAGGCUUUGGUUGCUGCAGGUGUUAAGUUUGUUGCUGAAGGUUCUAACAUGGGUUCUACCAAGGAAGCUAUUGAAGUUUUCGAAGCCAACAGAGCUAGUGGUGUCUGGUACGCUCCUGGUAAGGCUUCAAACUGUGGUGGUGUUGCAGUUUCUGGUUUGGAAAUGGCUCAAAACUCUCACAGAGUUAGAUGGACCAGUGAAGAAGUGGAUGAAAAAUUGAAGAACAUUAUGUCUAACUGUUUUGAUUCUUGUUACGCUACUGCCUUAAAGUACACUGCUGCUAAGGAUGGUGAAUUGCCAUCUUUGUUGAAGGGUGCUAACAUUGCUGGUUUCAUCAAGGUUGCUGAUGCCAUGUUUGACCAGGGUGACGUCUUUUAA